UUGGGCCAGAGAAUCGCAGGCCACCCGGAACGCCAGGCAGCUUAUCUACGCCUUUGGCGUACCAAGCUGUUGCCUGCCUUCCGUACGCAUUUAGCGUAGGCACGGUAGCGUAUCACGGUGUCUGUUUCCACACGCGCUUGGCGUAGCUCUCUUCUUUGCCUACGCCUUUGACGCACUGGGCCGCUCUUGGCAAAGGCAGAAAGAUGCUGUUCGCCUGCGACAGGAAACCCAGCAGCAGGGAUGCACCAUGUGCAGAUCAAAGGGGAGGUGGGGAAGGAGGGGAGGACCACUCCGUUGGCUUUAUCCCUCCUCCCCAAAUCUCAGCAGCUGGCUCCCCACCUUGCAUUGGGAUCAGAGGCAUCAGGGCGAGGGUGGUGCAUGCAGGCUCUUGGUGCAGUGCCCCUGGCUCGUUGCAGGGCACAGAUUGUACCAUCUGCGCCGGCUCCCCUCCCCAUGCACUGCGGAGAAUCUUUGCACAGCAAUAGCAGCCAGAUAAUAACAAUAUUAUUAGAGCCUAGGAGCAUUAUAUUAUAGACACAUUUAAAAAAACCCACCAUGUCGGUUGCCUUUGCUUCUGCUCGCCCGAGAGGCAAAGGGGAGGUCACCCAGCAAACUAUCCAGAAGAUGCUAGAUGAAAAUCACCACUUAAUACAGUGUAUUAUGGACUAUCAGAGCAAAGGCAAAACAGCAGAAUGUACUCAAUACCAACAAAUCUUGCACAGAAACCUGGUUUACUUGGCAACAAUAGCAGACUCUAACCAGAAUAUGCAGUCCCUGCUUCCUGCACCACCAACGCAAAACAUGAAUUUGGGCCCAGGAGGAAUGACUCAGAGUGCAUCCAACCAAUCUCUCCAUUCACAGAGCAAUCUUAGUGAUGCAAUUGGGACAGGCCUUCCUCCUUCCUCCCUCAUGCAGAGUCAGAUUAGCAAUGGUCCUAAUCAUGUGUCUAUGCAGCAGUCAGGCCAAAAUACAAUGCCCACAACCUCUCUGAGCAUGACUGUGAGCAGCCAUGGAACUGGGCCUGGUUAUAGCCAUACAGUGCCUGCAUCUCAGAAUGUGCCAAUGCAAGGUCAGGGGUCAAUAGGCAAUUACGUCUCUCGAACAAAUAUCAACAUGCAGUCUAACCCAGUCUCCAUGAUGCACCAGCAAGCAGCAACAUCACACUACAAUUCGGCACAAGGAGGGAGCCAGCAUUACCAAGGGCAGUCCUCCAUUGCCAUGAUGAGUCAGAGCAAUCAAGGCAACAGCAUGAUGGGUCAGCGACCCAUGGGCCCUUAUAGGCCUUCUCAGCAAGGUUCCUCUCAACAGUACAUGGGACAGGAAGAAUAUUACAGUGAACAGUACAGCCAUGGACAAAGCUCAUCAGAGCCAAUGAACCAGCAGUAUUACCCAGAUGGUCAUGGUGAUUAUGCAUAUCAACAGUCAUCCUAUACUGAGCAGAGCUAUGACAGGUCAUUUGAGGACUCCACACAGCAUUACUAUGAAGGAGGAAAUUCCCAGUAUAGCCAGCAGCAGGCAGGAUACCAACAGGGAGCAGCGCAACAGCAAACAUAUUCACAGCAACAGUAUCCAAAUCAGCAAAGUUAUCCAGGACAACAACCUGGUUACGGUCCUGCACAAGGAGCCUCUUCACAGUAUUCCAGCUAUCAACAGGGACAGGGGCAGCAGUAUGGAAGUUACAGAGCGUCUCAGACAGGACCAUCUGCCCAACAACAGAGGCCUUAUGGCUAUGAGCAGGGUCAAUAUGGAAACUAUCAGCAAUAAAAGGAGAAGCUUCUGUAUCUGAUUCAUUUCAAAGUAUAUCCAUCUUUUUAACUGGAUAUACUGGCAGUUUUGAUUAAUUGUAAUAUGUUGGUUACCCCUUAGCACAAAGCAGCGUCUGUAUGUGAACAGUGUUCAUUUCAUGCUGGAUAUGAAGCAGUGCACUACUGGUAACAAGACAAUGCUUUAAUGGUUUGAUAUAUUUGGUGCUGUGUAUAGUAUGUAUCUUGAUAAAAUGCAGAGAUUUUGUUUUCCAUUCUUGAUGUUUCUAAAUAGCUUAGGGGUCAUUUGAUCAGAGUUUUUAUGUGCCCAGAUCUAGGAAACAGCUUGGAUAUUCUGCAAUCCAGCUAAAUACAAAGACCACUCAGUCACAUCUUCCCAUACAGUUAGUCUAAUGUAGGUUAUGAAACUAUGUUUAACUAGAUCUAUUACAAUUUAUCUGUUGCAUAUGCCAGCCUCUGAAAUCUGGGGCUCUCAAUUGUACUACAUUAAGGUAUGGAGACAGGUGCAUUGUUUACAUUGAUCCAAUUUCCACACUAUAAGACAAAAAUAAAAGCAACUGAAGUGAUAGUUCAUUUGCUGAAGACAUUAUGCUCAGCAAAUUUAUAUAGCUGAUUACCCAUGUCUUCUGAUUUAAUAUCUGCACAGCUUCACAUUUUUGUAGUAAAAGGUACAAGUGAUCAAAACCUAUAUUCAAGGAAAUAUGAAUAUCCAGAAGCACCUUUUAUAGAUCCAUGAAAGUAUGCUAGAAAUCAUGGGUUUAAAAAAUAAAAGAGAACUCUGGGAAUGAAUCUGUAAGUCUACUAAAAUCAAUAGUGCUUUGUAUCAUGUUUAGCUGACAAACGUGACCACAUUCCAGUCUAAAAUAUGCUACUCCAAAUUUUAUCACAACAUAUAAAUAUUCAUGCCAAAUUUCCCCAGUUGAGGCAAUUUUUAAUUUUUGGUGUUCUCUACUAGUUCAGAUUUUCCAGAAAGCAUUAUAGCUAUAACAUCAGGUUAUAAAAUUGACUUUAUCUGCGGUUAUUCAUCACUUUUACUUUUCUCUAGCAUUUUGAUAGAAAUAACACAGAAUUAGUGUAAAAAUCCCAUCUUUGAUUCAAAGGAAAAAUCAGUAAAUCAGCUUCAUUAUGCAUAUAGAAAGGUGACUGUUAAUGGGAUUUGACUAUUAAAACAAAACUUAUAGAGAAUGAGAAAUACUGUGAAAGUGGUACUUAAAAGCCAAUAUGAACAAUGCAAGUAUAUGUUCAGUUUUAAAUUUAUAAGAAAUCAAAAUUUCUGUGACUAAUGGGUUAAAAUCACUUAAAUAUAUUUAAUAUACAUUAUUUAAAAAUUAUUACCUUAAAGUUAACUGGAUCUUUCAAAAUAUAGAGUUAAAUAUACUCUCUAUAUUUUUUCCCUUUUCUUUGUCUAAAAUGAGGUGUUUUAAUGGAUAUUUUGAGUUGUGAAAUUUUUAUAUUCUGAAAACUAACACCACUCAGAGAAUGUAGAUGUCACACUUCAGGUUUGGAUUUAUUUUUCCUGAAGAAAAUCUUAAUACUUGCUAGCUAAACAGUAUAUUAUUAAAUGUUGUUCAAGCUCUUCCCUUUACAGCAUUAACACUUCUAAUUGUUGACCAGUGAAAUGGAGCUAGCAUUUUUUUAUUCAUUCUUCAUUUCGCUUUUUCUUCAUGCUGGUGUUUUCAUACACCUGAGUACUCUUAAAUAUCAAAUAAGGCACAGAAAAGAAGUUUGAAAUGUUUUUUUUUUUUAAAUCUAUGUUAAUGUUACAGGUAGACAGAAGAAUGCAAUAUUGUUCCUUGCCAGAUUGGAAAUAUGCCUUUUAUGUGGUUUUUGAAAGUGCUAAAACAAUACUUUUGAGAUAUGAACAACAUUAAAAAAUUAAACAGCAACAUUACAUCUAUCUGAAAUGUCUUACAUUAAGAAUUUCUUGAAUGUUGUGUAUAUACUGUAUUUGAAAGAGCACUUUGGAAAUAGUUUGUACAUUUAUUUCCUAAUUUAUACAUGAUUUUGGUGUUAAUAUUUCUAAUUGUUAAUAAUGAAAUGUUUAUUUAAUGUGUUGUCCAUUUUUAUGUAUUAAUGUGGAAGCAGAAAGUGAUGCCAGCAUUUUGACUUUUUUCAUUAAUUGUACCAUUUUCUGUUUUGUAAUACACGUUUUAAACUGGCUUAGGUUAAAAUGAACUAAUUGUGAAGCCUAUUGAUGGUACUUUUCCUAUGACGCAAAGACUUUUUAAAAAGGACCAGUAUAAUAACAA